ACAAUUGUAGAGGUAGCCUACUCACGGGAUGGGUUGCUCACGGAUCGUCUCUGAAGGUGACAAAAAAUGUAUGGGCUUGAAAUUGCGUAUGAUCGCUGACUAGUCUUUAAACAAUACUUAAAAUCAAAAUCCUACCUGUUGCAAAUUUUGUUUGUGGCGCCACCUGCUGUUCGUUUUGAAGAACUGUUUGCCAUUGCUGUAGCCUACUCCAACCAGUUGGCGGCGCGCAUAAUGUUUGCCGGGCAACAAUCUCAGCACCCACGAAGAACAACACUACUACCCAGGAGGAAGUGGACGUCAUUCUUAGUGACUAGUCUUAAAGCCUCAGAUGUCGUGGAUAAGAGAAGGAGAUUUAAACCUCAUUGAGAGGAUCUCUGCUAACAUAUUGAAGGCAGGACCGAUUCCUAAACAUGUUGCCUUCAUCAUGGAUGGAAACAGACGUUAUGCUCGCAAACGGCAAGUUGAGCGACAAGAGGGGCAUAGUCAAGGUUUUGAGAAACUAGCAGAGACUCUGCGCUGGUGUUUGCGACUUGACAUCCGUGAGGUGACUGUGUACGCCUUCAGCAUUGAGAACUUCAAGCGCUCCAAGGAUGAAGUGGAUGGUCUGAUGGAGUUGGCAAAGCAGAAGUUUACCCGCCUUCUGGAAGAGCAAGAGAAUCUGGAGAAGCAUGGUGUGUGUAUACGGGUGCUGGGGGACCUGACCCUCUUGCCAUUGGACCUGCAAGAAGUCAUUGCCAAGGCAGUGUUGGCCACUAAGACUCAUAACAAAUGCUUCCUGAAUGUGUGCUUCGCCUACACUUCAAGACAUGAGAUCGCCAGUGCAGUCCGAGAAAUGGCGUGGGGUGUGGAACAGGGGCUUAUCAGACCCAGUGAUGUGUCAGAGGCCCUGCUGAGUCAGUGUCUGUACACCAGUAACUCCCCAAACCCUGACAUGCUCAUACGUACCUCUGGAGAGGUGCGCCUCAGCGAUUUCCUGCUCUGGCAGACUUCGUACUCGUGCUUGGUGUUCCAGUCUGUACUGUGGCCAGAGUACUCCUUCUGGAACCUGUGUGAGGCCAUCCUUCAGUACCAGCUCAGCCAUCGCUCUCUUCAGAAAGCACGCGAGCAGCACAGAGAGAGCCAAGCUCUCCAGCAGCUGGAGGCGGACCGCUCCUGUGUGGCGGAGUUGCUACAGCACCGCAGCAACGGGACGCCUGUGGAUGCCCAGAGCCGACAGGAAGCCCUGCAUAGCUACACAGCUAGCCGGGAGGAGAGGGUCCGCCACUUCCUGGGUGCGUUGCAGCACAAGAGGGACACGUUCUUCUCUGACUUGUGUAGCCCGGCAGUAGUGGCUUAACUCUUGACUUCAUGUUGCACAGAUGUUGUUUGUAAUGGAGCAGAAAAUUGAUUUCCAUGUGUUACUUUUUUUUUAUUCACCAAUCUUGCAUAUGUGAAUAAAAAAGUUGUUAUGCCCCCGUUUUAUGGGGCUCUGAAAUCUAUUUAUGUAAAUCUGGUUGUCAGUCUACGCCUAGAAAUGCUGCCCUGCUAAGUGCAAAUUGUUGUGUAAGUGUGGAGUUAAAGGGCCUUUAAAAUGCUGUAACAAAUCAUUAAAUACUUCCCAUAGAA